GGCCGAAAUGGCUUGCUACCGGACCGAUACACCUAGCGUAAAAUCGCAAUUGCGUGAAUUGGACGCCAUCUUGACAUCACAAAGAAAGAGAGACACACUUUUAAGAUAUCAUAUCAAUAAAGUAUUUGCAGAAUGGGAACCAGAGUGUAUGUUGGCCGGGUAUCCAAUCAUGCACGGGAACGUGAUGUGGAGAAGUUCUUUAAAGGCUAUGGGAAAAUCAGAGACAUCAUGCUCAAGAAUGGCUAUUGCUUUGUGGAGUUUGAUGAUGACAGAGAUGCUGAUGAUGCAGUGUAUGAGCUCAAUGGAAAAGAACUGUGUGGGGAAAGGGUGGUGAUUGAGCAUGCCCGUGGCACGAGGAGGGACGCUGGUGGAUACGGGGGUGGUUACGGAGGGGGAUAUGGAGGUGGACGGUCCAUGCGCAGGGACCCAUCCUGGCUAACCAAAAAUAGACGAUCUGACGGCCUUGGCGCCACGCGGUAUGGGGCCCCUAUUCGGACAGAUUAUCGUAUAAUUGUGGAAAACCUAUCCUCCAGGGCUAGUUGGCAGGAUUUAAAGGACUACAUGCGCCAAGCAGGGGAAGUCACCUAUGCUGAUGCUCACAAGCAGAGGAAAAAUGAAGGAGUGGUUGAUUUUGCCACAAAGAGUGACAUGAAGAGGGCUAUAGAAAAGCUGGAUGGUACUGACAUCAAUGGACGCAAGAUCCGCAUGAUUGAGGACCGACCGAGUCAGAGGCGUAGAAGUCGAAGCAAAUCCAGAGGAUCAAGAAGUCGCAGCCGCUCACGCAGUCGUUCAAGAAGUCACAGCAGGAGCAGGUCCAGGUCUCGCCGCAGCUCCAGAAGCAGAUCAAGGUCAAGGUCACGCAGUGGCGAGAAACGGAGGUCAAAGUCGAAGUCUCGUUCCAGGUCCAAGUCCCGCUCAAAGUCGAAGUCAAGGUCGAAAUCAAAGUCCAAGUCUAAAUCUCCGGUGAGGAAUGGAGGAGAUGAGCAGGUUCCUGCAGAGGAAGAUUGAAAUUAAGGAAUUGAAGUCAUUUUUUUUAUCAGACAUUCUUUUUUAUUGUUCAGACUUGAGCAUCAUUUUUACAUAAAGGUUUCUACAUGAGCAUUUUGAAUGGCAGUUUCAAGACCUGCAUGACUCGUAAUCUUAUGUAAAUUGUUGUUUUCAUGCCUUCUCCAUAUUCUCGUUAUGUCUAUUUACAAUACCAGUUUCAUGCAGUUUUUGUAAGUGUGCUGGACUGAGUGUGAAAGUGAAUGGGAUAGACUGUAGUCAAGUUGAAGUCAUUUUAAGAUAGGAGUUGAAAUAUUUAUGCAAGUCCAGCUACCAGGUACACUUCUGUAAAAGUCUACUCCUUAAUAGUUUAUGGAUACAAGAUACUGGAAGUUUAGUUUGAAUUGUGAGUUGUUAUAUCAGUUAUCCUGGUAUGAGCAUGUGCGCAUACCAAAUACCAGUACUGGACAGAUAUAAAGAAAAUGUGUUAACCAUCCUGCAGCUGAUUAUUUAAAAAAGAACUUGCAAUGUAUAAAACAAACAAUGACAUGGUAUUGACUAGUGGUUACUUGCUCAAGAGCAAGUACAUUUCAGUUUAGUUGAUAGUUUUGUGUGUUCACACAAUCAGCUGUAGUGAAAAACGUAGCCUGGGACUAGUCCUGGAAAUUGGUGGACAUUUCAGUAAUAUCUCCAUUAUUGGUUAUUAUAAUGAAAUACAUGCCACAAAACAAUACCUUAUCAUUUAAUUGAACAAGCUGAGUAGUGUCAAAUGAUAUUUUUUCCAACUAAAGAGUCUGAUGAAACAAAAGUUUGAAAGGAAUCCACUUUCUGGAACUUCACAUAACGGCAUUCAUUCAGUUAAAGCUUCGCAAAUACUCCUUCUUAUUGUGGUAAUAACCAUAAUUUGCAAAAUGUUUACAUGAGAUCAGUUUGAACCUAGUACAUGUAUAUUUUUUCAUCAUAAUGUACUGAUUUUUGUUUUUGUGGCUAACUGGCCAUUGGACUAAAUGAUUUCAUAUUGUUGAAAUUUUUGUAAAUAAAACAAAAGACUUGUA